AUGCCAGGAGCGAUGGUAAAACCUCGACAGCAGCCUGACUGGUACGGUUUACGAGUCCUCGAGGAAGAAAGGCCCGACUUAUUCGGACCGGAUGGAGCGAUGGAGAAAGAAGAAGCUGCACUUAUGGACAACUUCAUCAGGGACAGAAACGAUCUCCAGACCGGCGAUCUCAUUAUUACAGAUGACAACUUAGACGAAGAAGAUCGGCGUUUUAAUCGCUAUGAGGUUCAGCUCAAAUACAACGAAGGACGAUACACAGCACUAUAUCUAAUUUCAAGACAAGUUUGUGCAGAGUAU